GCCUGCUUGAAGAAAAAGAGGGGCAGCUCAGGUCAGAGAUAAUGCACACUGGUCUACAGGUAUAGGGGCCCUCAAGGGGGGGUUUCCCUGAAGUGUCUUAGUGGUAGCCACAAAUACAAUUUUGGUGGCUCUCAGGUUACAUCUCAAAGCAUUACUAAGGAGACACACCCUUUUCCGAUAGCCAAGGUUGAGGUGUGGCCCCAGAGGCACCAAGGACAGAAUUGCUAUCUGAGAAAGAAGAUAAAACCGUGAACCACAGGGUUGUGCAAGGGGUUAAGAAGUGUCCCUUAUUACAAAUGGUGUUUCUGGGGAGAUUCCUCGGAAACGGCAGGGAGGAGUCGCUGGGAGAGGAAGAAAGGCCGAACCUGCUUCUGUCUGAAUGUGAAGCGUGGUCACCGCUGCUUCAACGUCUCCAUGACACAAAAACCUUGCAGUUUGGAGGAGGAGGAGGAAGAGGAGGAGGAGGAGAAGGAAGAGGAGGAAGAGGAGGAGGAAGAGGAAGAGGAGGAAGAGGAAGAAGAGGAGGAAGAGGAGGAAGAAGAAGAGGAAGAGGAGGAAGAGGAGGAAGAAGAAGAGGAAGAGGAAGAAGAGGAGGAAGAGGAAGAGGAAGAGGAAGAAGAGGAAGAGGAAGAGGAAGAAGAGGAAGAGGAAGAAGUGGAGGAGGAAGAAGUGGAGGAAGAAGAGGAGGAGGAAGAGGAGGAAGAGGAAGAAGACGAUGACCUGACGUUCCUCCAGGAAAGCCCCUUGAGCAGUGCUUGCACUGACAUUACUAGUAUGGCUUUGAUGGAGGAGCAGGUCACUGGUCCCUUUCUCUGUUCUUAAUGUGGCCUCGUGAAAUGGACACUUAGAAUGCUAUCGGUCAGCUGAGGGAAGGAAGAGAUUGUGCAGUGAGUCAAGCCUAGCUAGCUUAGCCUCCCACCGCUUCCCGGACACUCCAGUGCUCAUCUGGGUAUCCCCUUCAUCUGGAGGAACUGAGGGGAAGAAGCCUUGUGGCAAGCAUCUCAUUCCACCUCCCACAGGGAGCAGUGUGCUUGGGGUAGACAUGGUAUGUGUGUGUAGUCAGACUGAAGAUCUACUAGGAUUCCUGGGGCAGAGCCAUUGAGCAGCCCAAGAGCUUAUGGGGACCAUCUGGGGACCAGAAUCAGAUAAAAGGGGACUUGGUUCUCGGGAAGACUGUUAAGCUGCUAGAUCAAGCCUUGCCUGAAACCUGAUUGAUUGUAGGCUUUUCCCCCCAAGAAUGAAUAAAGCCCCCUACAGUCUGUAA